AUGAUCUCAGAUGACCAGAUAGACACGGAGACCUACGGUGUGUCAGACCUUCGAGAUGGCUUUUUCGAUGCCAUGUACGUCAAGUCGUCGCCCUUGUCUGCCCUGGAGCUCCUGGAACAUUGCGAGGAUACGCUUCCCGCCGAGUUUGACAAGCCUUCCAUCUUCGCCACCGGACACUUUCUUCCCAGGCAAUGGCACGAGCUACGGUCCAUCUUUAAGCGGGUAACGACCACGCGAGCGGGCAUCUCGCUUCUCAAGUCAUUCACUGCAUUCUACGUGGCCUACGUGCUGUGUCUUGUACCCUUGGUCCGCUCAUGGCUUGGUCCGUAUCAUUACAUGAUGGCUCUCUCCAUCAUCGUCAACCAUCCGGCCAGGCCGUUUGGAGCUCAAGUGGACGGCACGGCUCUCACUAUCUUGGGCGUUGCAUGCGGGCUCGGAUGGGGCGCCAUAGGCCUGCUGCUGUCUACGUCGACGUUGGCAGCGCAAGCAGGGUACGCGGGCAUCCUGGCGCUAUUUCUCGCCCUGUUCACGGCUACCAUGGCCUUGAUUCGAGCCUUCUUCAUCAGAUUCCAUCAGGCAGUUCUGUCUGCCGGCAUUGCCGUCAUCUUCACCACCUUGGCCCAGACAAGCAGCCGCGAAAUCAGUUGGCCGAAGUUGCUCGACUAUGGUAUCCCUUGGCUGCUCGGGCAGGCCAUCGCCCUGGUCACCAACUGCCUUGUCUUCCCUGACGCCGGUUCAAGAGCCAUAGCUUCCACGCUGCACGCGUCUUUCCAGGUUAUGCAGGAAGCUCUUGUCAUACCAAAACCUCGAGACAACAGGCUUCGGCGGCGCCUGGCGCGGGCUUUCGUGGACUUAUCGCAAGCAUGCCGUGACAUGGCAUUAGACAUGACAAUUACCCGAUUUCGGCCAGCCGACAUCGUGGAGCUGCGCAAUCUCACGCAAGCUGUCAUCCGGGCCCUCUUAACCCUCAAGACAGAUACCUGUCUGUUCGAGGAGCCAGUGGCUGAGCGUGACAUCAUCAUCACCGUGGAUGGGCCUGCCUCGGGCGCUUUCGAAGAUGCCAAGAGUGCAGACUUGGGCCCGAGCGAGGACAACGCCAGCCGCAGAGCGAUCGAGGAGCUGCGCGAUCCGACAAAGCGCAUGCUGUCCUGCAUGACGGAAGCCUUGCAGGGGUGUGAUGCCGCAUUAAUGGACCAGUCUGGUCAUCGCAAAUAUUUGGGUCCGUUGCCAGACGUUUCAUCGUCCCUGCUACCGCUUCUUACGAGUCUUGACCAGGCAAAGAGUGCGUUCGAUGCCGUCGAGUCCAAGCUCCUCGGCUCUGGGCAACGGCUCCCCGACUCUUCCAUGCAAGACAGUGACGUCGUACAGCUCUUUGUGUUCGCUCGCCAUGUUCGCGAAGCUGCUGCCGCCAUCGAGAGCAUGGUGUUCAAGGUGCAGGCCAUGCAAGAGUCGUCCGAUUGGCCGCGGCUGUGCCUCCCGUCUUAUCCGUUUUGGAAAGCCGUUUAUCGAACAAAUGCCCAGGUGAGACAUGAUCGCGGAGGCGUGACUGCUGGGUCUUAUCACGUUACCUUUGCAGAGAUAGCACACCUCCUGGACAAGAUCAAGUCUGUGGAGCACAAGCCCAUACCUCGAGGAGACGACGAGGACAAGGAUGUCGGCUUGGAGGUUCAAGGCUCCCACGCGACCAUGGAUGCCGAAGCCGACGUUGCAGUGACACCAAAGAAGAAUCGUCUACGAUAUAGGAUUUGGCGCGUCCUGUACCGUCUCCAAGGAUUCGAAAGCAGAUAUGCGUUCAAAGUCUGCCUUGUCACCACCUUGCUCUCCGUGCCGGGAUACUUGGAUCAAAGCAAGGGCUGGUGGGACGAGUACGAAGCUUGGUGGGCAGUUGCCGUCGGCUGGCUUGCACUGCACCCCAGGGUCGGAGGAAACGUGCAGGAUCUCGUCACCAGAGGACUCCUGGCUAUUCUUGGUGCCGCUUGGAGCGGCGCCGCAUACGCUGCCGGCAACGGAAACCCGUACGUCAUGGGCGCGUUUGCUGCCGUGUACAUGCUCCCUAUGCUGUACCGCUUUACGCAGAGCUCACAUCCGCGAUCGGGCUUGAUCGGGUGCUUGUCGUUUACUGUCAUUUCUCUCAGGCUCCAAGCCAACGGCGGCGGCACUUCCCCAGCACUCUUUGCCUUGCUGAAAGGUAUUGCGUUUUUUGUAGGAGUUACGGCUCCCGGAGUCGUCAACUGGGUUUUAUGGCCGUUUGUGGCGAGGCACGAGCUGAGACACGCCAUCUCAUCCAUGAUGUUCUUCAUGAGCAUCAUCUAUCGCAGUGUGGUGGCCCGAUACGUGUACUUCAAUGAGGGCAAAGAGCCUACCCCUAGCGAAGUCCAAAGAUCCGAAAUGCUUGAGGGGCGCCUUAGAGAGGGCUUUGUUCGGAUCAGGCAGCUUCUGGCCAUGACGCAGAAGGAGAUGCGUCUGCGCGCCCCAUUCGACCCCGUCCCUUACUCGGCGCUGGCCGAUGCUUGCGAGCGUUUCUUCGACUAUCUCGUGGCCGUACGCCAGUCGACCCUCUUCUACAACCCAGACUACAUCCGCGACAACCCCGUCGCGGCGGAGCAGCUCCUGAGCUUCCGGCGAGAUGCCGUGGCCACCAUCCUGGGCAACCUCUACAUCCUUGCCGGUGCGCUGCGAUCGCAGCGCAAAGUGCCUCGCUAUCUGCCGAGCGCGGCUGCGGCGAGGAAGAGGCUCCUCAUCAAGUCGGCCGAGGUCGAGGAGGAAAUGUCGAAGCACGCCCGCGAGACGGACGCCGAGUGGCACAAGCGGUGGAGCGACAUGUACAGGUACUCGUACAACGCCAGCCUGACGGGCUGCGUCGCACAGAUGGAGGAGCUUGAGAAGUACACCAAGCUCAUUGUCGGCGAGCAGGGCUACGACUUAUUGAAGAAAUAG